AUGACUGAUGGGGUGGUGAAAAGCUUAGGGGUGGGGAGAUUCUUAGACUGGAGAACUCUUGAAGCUGCUGGAGCUGCUGGAGGUGUGUUGAUUUGUUGGGACAAAAGGUCCUUGGAAAUGCUGGAGUGGGAGGAGGGCCAAUUCUCAAUUUCUUGUAAAUUCAGAACUGUGGAAAAUGGGGCAGUCUGGGUGUUCACGGGUGUUUAUGGCUAUUUUACCAAAGAGGAUAGGGAGUGUCUUUGGGAUGAACUUGGAGCAGUCAAAGGUCUUUGGGGUGAUCCAUGGUGUGUAGGGGGAGAUUUUAAUGUUAUUCUCGCUCAAGGGGAAAGAAGCAGGCAAGGGAGGGUGACCCCAGCUAUGAGGAGGUUUGCUCAGGUUAUGGAUGACCUUGAGCUAAUUGACCUUCCCCUUCAAGGGGGCUCUUUCACGUGGAGUGGGGGGCUUCAUAAUCAAGCCUGGGCCAGGCUAGAUAGAUUUUUGGUUUCUCCCAUAUGGCUUGAUCAAUUCAGCAAUGUGACUCAGAAGAGAUUAUCUCGGCCUAUAUCAGAUCAUUUUCCAAUCACAAUCGAGGGGGGUGGCAAAAGAAGAGGCCCUUCACCUUUCAGGUUCGAGAACAUGUGGCUGAAAGUGGAAGGAUUUAAAGACCUCUUGAGGAGUUGGUGGCAGGGGAUGUCGGUCAGUGGUAGGGCUAGCUAUAAGUUGGCAACAAAACUGAAGGGGAUUAAACAAAACUUAAAAGUUUGGAACAGGGAGGUGUUUGGGAACUUGGAGAGUAAUAAAUUGGCUACCUUACAGCAAGUGGACUAUUGGGACCAAGUGGAAAGUGAGAGGAGUCUGUCAGAGGAGGAAUUUUCCAAAAAGAAAGAAGCGAAAGAAGGUUAUGCUAAGUGGGUUAAGCUGGAAGAGAUUCACUGGCGACAGCUCUCAAGGGAGCUGUGGCUAAGAGAAGGGGAUAAAAAUACGGGGUAUUUUCAUCGAAUGACAAACGCGCACCAAAGAAGGCAUACCAUGGAAAGAAUAAAAAUCAGUGGGGCCUGGCUAUCAGAGGAGCAUGCAGUUAGGACCGGAAUAGUAGACAUCUUUCAUCGGUUAUUAACGGAAGACUCGGAGUGGAAGGCAGAUAUAGGGGGGUUAAAUCUGAAUCAGAUUAGCCAACAAGAGGCGGACAUCUUGGAGCUGCCAUUCAUGGAAGAGGGGGUCCAUUCGGCCCUAAUGGACAUGAAUGGGGACAAUGCUCCAGGUCCGGAUGGCUUACGGGAGCCUUUUGGCAAUUCUGCUAGGAGUUUGUGA